AGACCCAGCAGUUCACCGCGCGCCGCCACCCGGUGCGCCUGUGUAUUUUAUUACGGACACUUGCGAUCUCGCAACCAACACAAGUGCAUAACAUCGCUAUUAAAACGUUAUUUUCGGAGAGUGCCACUAUUUUUAACGUGCAACACGAUAGUGUGCAUCCUGGCUCGUCCUUUUUGCAAAUGUGGGUUUGGAUCAUCCGCAGAGGGAAAAAUAAACAUAGCACUCCGGAGCGAGAAAACUACGUGGCGCUGGCUCAGCGCCAACAUCCACACGCCUGCUGAUGACGCAAUAAAUUGUGAUGCUGACGCGCACAGGCCCUUACAGAAAACUGCGUCCUAGAGGACGACGAAGGACGUUCUAGUAAACGAAUUGUAUAUCUAAGAGCAAGUGCCUAAAUCACUAUAAUAAUGUUGAAUAACCGUCGCAACUUUAUCUUUAGAGUGAGUAUCGUGAUAAACAUCGCCGUACUAUUGUACGCGGCGAUGCAUUUAUCGAGUAAUAGUACACCGGGCGUAGAAUGGGUCCCGAUGACAGUAGACGGGUCGGAAAGGAGCGCCGAGUUUAGAUAUAUAAAUAGGGAAGAAAUACACAAUGACACAGACACUAGGCCUCCGGAAUCGAGUGUCAGGAAUUUUGAAGAGUCUACCUCCCAAAAAACUCCAUCAACGAUGCCCACAACGAAUAAAACUGCAUCGAGCACGGCGUCAAUACCUGAGUUGGAGAAAAAAAUAAUUAGUGCUUUGCCUGAACUAGAAACAUCAAACAGUACAGUUUUAGAAAUAGAUGACGAGGACGCAUUGAAUCCUGCGACGCUAACGUACCUUCGAACGUUAUUGGGUUGUAAUGAUAAAGAUAUGCUGCCGCAAACAAUACAACGUGGAGAAUAUUGGGUGCUAAAAAACUUCGUUCGUGCUGAUCAUGGAUUUAUACAGUGCCACGAGUCCAUCACGUACACAACACACGCCGGUUUCGAGUUCCUUGACAACGUGCAGCCUCUCGUUGAAAGAUGGAUGGCUCCAGUGAGUCUUGCUAUUCACGCGCCCGGGGCCGAUAUGGGCCCUACUGUGAACAGCAUCAGAUACUUGCGCGAUUGUCUCGGUAACGAACUCAUCAAGCAAUACGUUACGUUCCACGUUUUCUUCUCCCAUAAAAAUUUACCCAGUUCGAUACCAAACCCUGACAGCUUCCUCCAAACCCCGUACAACUGCACAGCGAAGCCGCCAUACGACGUCAACGCUAACUCGACGUAUAUGAAGGCAAAAAGCCUCUUGUAUCCAGUGAAUGUUGCUCGUAACAUCGCUAGAGAGGCUGCAGUUACUCAUUUUAUACUGCCUUCCGAUAUAGAGCUAUAUCCUAGUCCUAAUUUAGUACCCAGGUUCCUAAAUAUGAUUGCCAGAAACGCUAAACCAUUAAGCACUUCCACUAGGCCUAGAGUCUUCCCAAUAAGCAUAUUUGAAGUCGGUGCCAAAGCACAAGUGCCUUCGACGAAAAACGAGCUGCAAGGGAUGUUAACAAACAAGACCGCGAUACCGUUUCAUAAAUUCGUCUGCCCCAACUGUCAUAACAUACCCCAGGGGCAGCAAUGGAUGAACGCACCGGAAACUAAUCAAAUGGACGUAUUCCAUGUCGGCAAACGGCGCGGGAAGUUCGUGCACUGGGAACCAAUCUUCAUUGGAACACACCAAGAUCCUUACUACGAUGAACGACUUAGUUGGGAAGGGAAAAAAGAUAAAAUGACACAGGGUUACAUUCUCUGCGUCAAAGAUUACGACUUUAUGAUAUUGAACAAUGCUUUCCUAAUACACAAACCCGGCAUAAAGCACUACGUGAAGAACGAGAAGAGAGACAAAAUCGCUGGUAAACAAUCGUUAUUCAUAAAGUCUGUUAUAAUGCCACAACUCAAAACUCUUUUCGGAACGCGGAAUGGCUGUGCAUUGUAAUAUGACAUCCAAAUGUUAAACGACCCAAUUAAAAAUCAAGACGUGCGUACACAACGUACUAUGGGUGUGUUUAUCCGCCUGAAUUUUCUAGAACUUUACUGAUUGUGUCGACUCGGAACGAAACAUAUCAAACUAUUAUUUGUAUUUAAAAUAAAUUUAGACAUAACUCAGUAACUCUCGAAUCCGUGUCACUAUGACUUGUAAAGCUAGUAACACAGUGCCUGUAAGUUUAUAUUACUAAAUUUGUAUUUUGUAUCUGUGUAUUCGUAUUAGUAAAACGCUAUACCGAUUUCAAAAUAAAAUAUAAAACCGAAUUUCCUAGACUGUUCUUCCUACACGAGGCCUAUAUGAAAUUUGUGUGAAAGAUGAAAAUUAAAUAAUGUAAGUUAAAUGCUGUAUAUAUUUUGUAUUAAGUCGCUUUAUAAUUGAUUUGGUGCAAGUAAAGAACGCACUUGACUGUCAUAUUUAAGUGCUUUCUCUACGAACACUAGUUUAUCUUACAUAUUAUUUAAAAUGAUUUUAAUUUCUUUGAUUUUCUACUUAUACUUAUUCCUUAGCUUGAUUAUAGAAAUUAAUAAUAUAAAAAUAAUUUCUAAUAUUGUUAAUUUUAAGUGACUUUUAUUUUUUAACAUUUACAAGUCCGUUUCAAUUGACGUUUCAACGUAUGAACGAUUCCUGAAAUGCAUUUUAUCUUAAACGAUAUUUAAUUAUUAGUUACUAUUAGAUACAUAAAUAACCAUUUUUAUAAUAUAAGUCACUGUAUAAGCUUACAACGUGGUUCCAAAUAUGUAAAUCCAUGUAAGUCAACAUUUAAUGUAUACUGUUGUACGGCUAUGCCUGAUAAUACAAUGUAGGCAAUAGGCGACUUUGAUAUGUCUAUUCGAAGUUUAUAUACAGCCUAAUAUUGUUGUAAUGUUUUAUUAAGACGACGGGCCUUACGGUACUGGUGAUAAUUAUAAUUUAUAGUGAUAAAACUCACCACGUUCGAAAUAUAUGAUUAAGUUUUAGUUUUAGAUUAGUUAAUUAAACUCCAGUUAGACUAAUGUGCAGAAUUACUAGUUUACAAAAAAAUCUUAAGAUAAAUCGAGUGGUCCAAAUCGAAAAAAAUAUCCAGCAGUUAUGCUUUGGAUAUGCGAUUAAAAUUAAUAUCUAGGAAAAUAACAACUACUGACGAAUUAUGAUGUUCGUGUAUCUCUACAGUUCGCAUUGACAGUUCUGACUCAAGAUUUCUUAAAAAAAAUACGUUUAGGAAAAAAAAUAUGAUGACGUCACAUUUAUUAAAAAUAAAUUAAAAAUUAAAAAAAGAACCUGUUCAUAUUGAUUAAAUUUAGUUUCGGCUAAUGUGAUAGAUGUAUUAAUUAAAUUAGUACUUGUGUCAUCUUUAGUGUAUGUUCUCGUGCGCGGUUUAGUCGACUUAUUUAAUUAAGGCAAUGAUUUAUCUCAAUUACUGCUAAGGUGUAUGUGCUAUCCGUGAUUAUACUGUAUAAUGUAUUCUAUAUAGCUUUUAUUAGGGGUUUGGUUUUGGUUAACGCAUGUGGUGAGUUUUCACUUGAAAGGCUAAUACGCCUUAUAGAUUAAGUGCAAUAACCUAUAUACAGUCUCAAUGUGAUCAUUUAUUAAAAUGUAUUUAUCGACAUGUACUAGUUAUAUAACUAUGGGUCUAAGAAUUUUACCUUGUAUGCGAAAUUUUUUUUUCAUAAAAAUCUACAGGUAACAUAUAAU